CUAUAGAUUGCGGGGCAAAGAGAAGCACCUAAUAGUGAAGAUGGGCUCAAAUUUGAUGAAAGAUCCGAAAACACCGAACUAUUCGGUCGAUAAGAUUAAACUACACGAGGAUUGGAAUCGCAAAACACAGGCCAACGAUAUUGCGGUCAUUAAACUGAAGGAAAAGAUUGAGUUCAAAACGAAUGAGAAAAAACAGUACGAAAUAAACAGCGUUUGUCUGCCGGAGAAGGGCCUCGACGUCGUGGGAACGGCCACACUGUCCGGCUUCGGCCAAACCGGUGCCACCGCUGCUCAGGCGGAGUACCUGCAGAAACUGGAUGUUCCCAUCUAUAACCAUGGUCAAUGUGGCGUUAAUUAUAGGAAAUUUGUCAAAAUUAAUGAAUUUAAAAUAUGCGCCGGCGGUAAAGGGGGUCAGGACUCGUGUAUGGGUGACUCCGGUGGACCACUUGUCCAAUUGAAUCCGAAGGACAACCGCAUACAACUCGUAGGCAUUGUAUCGUUUGGCUAUCCCUGCGCUGUAAAGGAUAUGCCGGGAGUUUACACCAGAGUUUCAAAUUAUAUCGAUUGGAUCAUUGAGGCCACUAAAGAGCAUACGGUUGCUUAGACUCCAAGCC